AAGAAUUGGGGGCAACAGAAAAGGAGGAAAAAAGCAAAAAGAUUUGAAAUUUCUCGAGAAAAUUCCCAAAUACUAGUUGCCGUGGGUAUUCUCUUCACUGAUUCCCCACAGGGAGGGGUGGGGUCAGAGGAUCAUCGAUCAUUCUUUUCUCCUACGCCUCCUUUAUCUACACUGUAUCAUUUCCUAAUACCUACGUGAAUCAAAUAAGCUACCAACCCUCUAAACCUUGUGUCAAAGAUUCAAGAACGUCUCUCAUGGGUUCUGAUUUACAGUGAGAAAUCUGAAGAUUUUUCAGAAUCCAUAGAGAGUCGUUCUCUGGUAUUGUAUGACUUAUUUCUGAAAUGGGUAUAUCAAACAGAAUGGAGGGUUGGCUUUACCUCAUUCGUCUUAAUCGAUUGGGGCUUCAAUACUCACGUAAAAGGUACUUCAUCCUUGAAAAAAGUUGUCUCAAGAACUUCAAAUCAAAACCCAAGAUCAAUGCGCAGGUGCCUUUAAGGUGUGCAGUAAUUGAUUCGUGCAUUCGGGUUACAGACUGCGGAAGAGAGAGUUAUCACAGAAAAGUGCUCUUCAUUUUUACAUUGUAUAAUAACUCUGAUCAGAAUGACCAGCUCAAGUUUGGAGCUACGAGUCCUGAAGAAGCGGCUAGGUGGAUUCAUUCUCUACAGAAUGUAGCAUUUACUGCAGAACAGAGUUCUGUGGCUUGUACUCCAAUGCAUGCACAGCCAUUUAGAUUGAGCUUUUCAAAGAAGGCAAUCCAUCAAAACUGCUAUCACAGGACACAUUCCUCAUUUGUAAAUAUGGACGCAAUAACAUCGGAUGUCAUUGCUCCUUCAUCAUGGAAAAUAUUUGGAUGUGAAAAUGGGCUGAGACUAUUCACAGAAGCAAAGGAUGUACAUUCUAGCGGGGUGAGUUGGGGUGAGAAUCCAGCAAUAAUGGCAGUUGGCAUAGUUCCCGGUUCUUCAGAGGCUGUAUUUCAGACAAUCAUGUCUCUUGGUCCAGAAAGAUUAGAAUGGGAUUUCUUUUUCCACAAAGGAAAUGUGAUUGAACGUCUUGAUGGUCACACAGAUAUUGUUCAUGUGAUGUUGCACUGUGAUUCUCUUCCAUGGGGAAUGAGACAAAGAGAUUUAUUGUACCGUCGUUACUGGAGAAGAGAAGAUGAUGGCUCCUACGUAAUACUAUACCAUUCUGUUUACCAUAAAAACUGCCCGCCACAGCCUGGCUAUGUUCGCGCUACAGUUAAAAGUGGAGGAUAUGUUAUUUCUCCUGCAAAUCAAGGAAAGGAGUCAGUGGUGAAACACAUGCUUUCUAUAGACUGGAGAUUAUGGAGGUCUUACAUUCGUAAAGCCCCUGCUAGAGAUGUAACGAUUUCUAUGCUUGGAAGAAUUGCAGCACUAAGGGAGUUGUUCAGAGCAAAAACAGGACUCUUCUCUUCUGGUUAUUUGUCUUCAAAGCAUGCAAGUGAUAAUGAUUUGCCUCAACUUGAGAAGGAGGAAAUUAAAUCAGAAAUUGAAAAUGCUCAAAAGCUAAUCAAAGUUGAGGAAGAGGAUAGUUUUGAAGAUGAACACAACAAUGCUUGUGUUGCAACUUCAAGUCUUAUGGGACUCCAUGAUAUGGGUGAUGAGUUCUUUGAUGUUCCUGGACCCUCAGCUGAUGAGAAACCAGAGAAUGAAUGGUCCUCCGAUCUGAGUCCAGAUCGACAUUAUCCGGACAAGCAGCAACCUCAACUAUCAUCGGCAACUGUUCUGGUGAAGAAGUGGCACGGUCUAGCUGUCCAGAAGAAGGGGUAUAUGGAAUUACAAGAGGCAAGUAGGGAAGAAAACAGGGCGUCUUUUUGUUAUGGGACAACACUUGCAAAAGAUGGGAGUUGUAAUUCUCCUUGCAGUUGGACAACGGCAGAUCCUUCAUCGUUUCUCAUACGUGGAAAUAGUUAUCUGCAGGACCGCCAAAAGGUGAAGGCUAAAGGCUGUAUGAUGCAAAUAGUUGGGGCUGAUUGGUUAAGAUCUGACAAACGAGAAGACAACCUUGGUGGCCGUACUGGAGGCAUUGUUCAGAAAUCUGCAGAGCAGGGAAAACCAGAUUUUUUCUUGAUUAUCAACUUUCAGGUUCCAGGAGCAACUUCUCACAAUUUGGCACUAUAUUUCAUGAUAAAAACACCCCUUGAAGAGAUCCCUUUACUGGAGCAGUUUGUCAAUGGGGACGAUGCCUACCGAGCCUCGAGGUUUAAGUUGAUACCUUACAUUUCUGAGGGCUCCUGGAUAGUAAAGCAAAGUGUGGGGAAGAAAGCUUGUUUGGUGGGUCAAGCACUCAAAGUAAACUUCAUUCGCGGCAAGAACUACUUGGAGCUUGAUAUCGAUGCUGGAUCAUCAACAGUGGCGAGGGGCGUUGUCAAUCUUGUACUUGGUUACUUGAAUAACCUUGUUAUUGAAUUGGCAUUUUUGAUACAGGCCAAUACACAAGAUGAGUUGCCAGAAGCUCUUCUUGGAGCAUGCCGGCUUAAUCAUCUGAACAUUUCUAAAGCUGUCUUGGCAGAGAAAUGAUAAAAAAAAAAAAAAAAAACCUUCCCCGAGAAGGGUUAAAUAUAUAUCAAUGGUUUAGAGAAAGUGAUGGCGGUCAAGACCAUAAGCCAAUUGUGGAAGUAGGGAAAUAGGUUUGGGUGCUCAGUGUUAAUUGAUUCAAUUGUAAAAAGAAGUUGUCAUUUUCAGAAAGGUGUUGAGUCUUCAAUCAAUUGUGGUGAGUUACGAGUUAUUUAUCAAUAGAAAAAACAAGAAAACCUUCACAUUAGAGUAAGGAUGUCAAAUUAGAGUAAUAUGUACAUUUUGAUGAUGAUUUAUUGUGGUAGAAGUUUUUCCUAUAGUAUUCAAGGUGAUUUGUUCCUAAA